AUGGACCUUGUCGUCUACCUCUCCCUUGCUGUUUUAGCAACGGUUUUCUUAGUUUCCCUAAUAAUACUCUUACUGAUGUGUCGUCGAAGAAAAUUAUCGUUCGGCUUACCGGCAAGCAAUCAGUAUUUCCGAUUUUCGAAAAUGAGCAACGACAACAUCGAAGGUCUUACUCACCUCAGUCCAUUAAUGGCCCAAAUGCUUGAUAAAAACAGUUGGGUCUGUGGUGUAUCUGGGUUGCUGCAACAUUGCGUUGCAUUGUUACGCCUUUGUCAUACUUUCACCGAAAAAAUGUCUACAAUACCAUUAGAUCAGGUGGGCCCUCAACUUAAUAAAAUAUUUUGCGAAGCAACCUUGAGGAUUAUGCCACGCUUUGACGAUCUUCUGGAAUCUGUAUCUAGUCCACAUAUCGAUAUACGGGUUCUUGAAGCUCGAGCAACAGCAUUAGCAACUGUUUGUUGGACUCUUUACUUACCAACCACAUUAUUGGGCCCGAAAGACAAGGAGAUGGUUAGCGAUCCAUUGAUCGAGAUGGAAGCUCAUCUAAAAAUAUUACGGGAGGCAGCAAUUCUUGCUGCUCGGGCAGAAAUCGGUAAACUUGAUGUCGAUUGGUCCCGAAUAGCUGAUGAUGAUGAAGAUGAUGAGGAUGACGAUGAAAUAGAUGAUGUGCAUGAAUCAACCAAAAAUCAAGGAUCCAUUGAAAUUGAAUCUCUUCCCUUAGUAGAUAUGUCAAAAUCAUCCACAGUUGACACAAGGAUCGAUGAAGAUGACCGGCCUUCGAAUGGGAGUUCGCAUCCUAUAGAUCCUUCUGCUUAA